AUGCGCCAGGCUCGGAUGGCAAGGGGCGUGGUCGUGACUGGGGCUUGUCCUGAAGCACGGCGCUCGGGAACCUUGCACAAGGGCUUCGGCGAUGUGGCCGGCCCUCGACUGGGCUGCUUGGCUGCUGCUCCUAUUCAGGCACACAUGCUGGCUGCAAGGUUCUUGCAGCAUUCGGCACCACCGUCAGCCUUGCAGAGAUUGUUCCUUGCCCCUGGACUCCACGUUGUCCAGGCCGGAGUCAGGAAAAGCAGUCUGGGCAUGCUUCGGGUGCACAUUCCAUCGUACGUUGUGCAAGCCAGUAGCCGUGGUGUCUUGUGCUUACUGGUAUGGGACGACCUGCUGUCAACACCACGGCCCCUGGCUCCCAUCGUCCGGUUCCCAAACACUCUGGGGGUCGAUCAUGGGAAAAAAUCGUACGAUCGAGCUGUCGAGGCUGCAUACAGCGUGUAA